AUGAAAAUCACUGCGCAAUCUGCUGAUGGUCUAGCUGACCAGGAAUACCAAGUUCUCGAGGCAGGGUUUGCCGAAGGGCCUGAUGGUUCAGGCUUGGCCGUUAUCUUUCAGCGUGAUCUCCUCGCAGAAGGUCCAUGGAACGGGGAUCGCGAAACCGAUGAUUACUUCAACAACAGCUACUGCGUAACCCUUGGAUCGGGUUUCGGCAGCGUGGAGGGCUUUAACAAGGUUCUCUACCACACUGGUCUAACCGGUCGCCUACUCCUCGUUACUAUUAUAAUCUCUCUCGGGCUCACUAUGUUUGUCUACGCCAUGGAUGAGGGGGUGACCCAACAGUUCACCAUGAUUGCGGCCUCCUCUUUUCAUAUGCACGCCCAGCUAGGCGCCGUGAACACCGCCAGCACUGUCAUUAACGGUAUCUCCAAGCCAGUGAUUGGCAAGCUGGCAGACGUCUUGUCCCGUCCGACAAGCUAUAUCAUCUCUCUACUAUUCUACGUUGUAGGAUAUGCUGUCGCGGCCAGUUGCACGAACUUCGUGGCCUACACCGUUGGCGUUGCCCUGACUGCAGUUGGAAAGGCUGGCCUAAACAUCCUCUGCCAAAUCAUUGUUGGUGACUUGACGACCCUGCAAUGGCGUGGUUUCUGGACCAGCAUGAUCAUCGCUCCCUACCUCGUGACCACUUUCACCAAUGGCUUCGUUGUUGAUGCCUUUGUCCCAGAUGAGUGGAGAUGGGGUCUGGGCAUGUUUGCUAUUAUGGUCCCGGUUCUGCUAACCCCAGCGAUCAUAGCAUUAUACGGAACGCAACAGAGAGCUCGCAGGAUGGGAAUCAUGGGGAGCAGUUCGGCAGAGAAAGGAGAACAAACCACACUAUAUACUGCCUGGCAAUGCCUAGUUGCGAUUGAUAUUCCGGGCCUCGUGUUACUCGGGUUUUCCUUCUCGUUGAUCCUUCUCCCUCUAUCACUCGCCGAGUCUGCCGAGAACGGCUGGAACAACCGCAGCAUGAUAGCCAUGGAAGCGACUGGCUUUGCCAUUCUCGUGCUGUUUGUUGUGUUUGAGAUCUACUUAGCACCCAAACCUAUGAUGACGAAGCGAAUCAUCGCAAAUAAGGUGUUCCUAGCUGCAUUGGGUGCCAACCUUUUCGACCAGAUGACAACUACUCUCGGCAGCAACUAUUUCUCGUCGUAUAUCUAUAUCAUCAAGGGCUGGAAUAACUACACCUGGACGGUCUUCACUGGGGCCAGGAAUCUUGCGAUCACUAUCUUUAGCCUAGUUGGUGGUUUCCUCCAGGUCCGAUACCACCGCUAUAAAACGCAGAUGAUUAUUGGGGCCGUGCUCAAGGUCGUUGGCUACGCUACCUGUUUCACAAGCAACCAGCGAAGCACCCAAAGCACGGCGGCCCUCGCCAUCUCACAGGUACUCCUGGGAACAAGCGCUCUGACUGCCCUGGGGUCUCGCAUCGGAGCGAUGGCCUCCGUUCCUCAUGAGGACAUGGCAUCGAUCAUCGCGGCCUAUUUUCUCUGGACGUACCUGGGUAGUGCUGCCGGGUAUGCCAUUGCCUCCGCAAUCUGGACGGAUAAGAUGCUCGGAUUUAUGCGCGAUGAGCUUCCAGAUACGCCAGACAGUACACUCAAGAAGAUCUAUGGCUCGGUGGACAUUCUUCGCACCCAGUAUGACCUUGACGAUCCAAUUCGUGAGGGGGCCAUUCGAGCUUAUACGCGCACCAACGGCAUCAUUUUCAUUGUCGCUGCUGCGAUCUCCACGCUGUCUAUUCUCUGUUCCUUCCUAAUGCCCGACUAUUACCUUGGUAAGCAGCAGAAUGCAGUCACCAAUUUAGGGCUGGAUGGCAAACCGGUGGAUAUUCCCACAUGUGGCAAGAACGAACGAAGCUUUUGGACUCGUAUUAAGUAUAUUAUCUCAAGGAGACGUAGUUAA